AUGUCGGAGCCAUUAGACAGUCACAGUCGGAAGAAAAGAAGAGUGAAACAAGCAUGCGAUUACUGUCGGUCGAAAAAGGCCAAAUGUGAUGGAAAAUCUCCAGUAUGCUCAACAUGUGCUGUUAAUUCUGAAAGCUGUACUUACACCCAGUCGUCAAAACGAAGAGGAUUGCCUACUGGUUACACUCAUGACUUGGAGAAGAAGGUGUUAUUAUUUCAAGCAUUAUUUGCCAGCUUAAUGAAUGGUAAUCAUAUAGACAGCCAAAGUGGCGGCGUUGAGAGUCAGUUAUUGAAAUUGCUUGCUGAUCCUUUGGAAUCACGGAAUCUCAUUAGGAAUAUAGGUAAUCUUCAGGUAUUAUGGGACAAUAAUGCAUUAUCUGAUAUGUUUAAUCAAUUCAUAAUAGAGAACAAUUCUAGUGUCCAUGAUGCAAAAAAUUGUACUACAGGAUUAACUUCACUUUCGAAUGCACAGCAACACCAGCAACAACAGCAGCAUCAGCAACAAGAAACGGAUAUGAGUCUUGUUUCAAGCUCUACGAACUUUAGCACAUUACUAAAUAACCCACUUUUCAACGUCAGCAAUGGUAAAAUGACACAAGAUUACAAUCUUGUGAAUGAUCCAUCAUACUUUUUGAAAGAUGAUAUAUUUCAAUUUAUAUCUGAUGAAUUGGAAGACACAAAGGACAACUGGGAGCCAGUUGCGUUACAAUACCAUGGAUUAUCAUCUUUAAUUUCAGGGUUCACUACAAAAUCUAUUCAACAGUAUAACAACAAACUUAUUUUGAAGCAAAAGAACCCAUUCCGAGUUGGAUCUAUAUUUAACGUAUCCUCUGCGGCAAUAACAGCAUCAAUAGCAAAUACCAUAAAAUUACCGAUGGAAAUAUUCCAAUUUCCCGAUAAUUUAAGGAAAUUGGUUGAUUGUUACUUUCAGAUAUAUCAUACUUGGCUUCCUAUGCUAGAUAGAUUGUCCAUCAUGAGACAAAUCCAUCAUUUGCAAUUUUUGGGUAACAACACCAAUUCGUCAUCUUUUCAAGCAUCAGAUUGUAACUUGAUUGCAUUAUUAUGGGCUAUAAUUGCUCUAGGAAAAUCCGGAAUGUCAAAUAACCCGUCAAAUGAUACAUCUGCCAAUGCACUAACGGAAUCUUACGCUAAAAAUGCCAUUAUGGCAUUAGAAAAUUCAUUGACUUCAACGAUCGAGACAAUUCAAGCAAUGCUAUUACUUGGGCUUUAUUAUUAUCAGCAGGGCGAAUGGGAUUACUCUUGGGUAUUGAUAUCAUCAUCAACUCGUAUGGCCAUAGACGUUAGACUUAUGACGCCAGCAACAUCAAAUAAUGAUGAUAACAAUCAAAUUAAAAAAGAAACCGGAUCAGAAACUCCACAACAAUCUAGUACCUUAGAUAAAAUUAUCCGUGAAAGGACUUGGUCAACAGCUUACGUUGUGAAUACAUUGUUGGCUGCAAGAAUGGGUCGGACUCCAUUGAUUAGAGCCAUGGAUUGGCCAGUUCCUACCGUUAAUUCCGAUGGUUGGGAGGAGUGGGAAUCAUGGAAAUCAUAUCAUACUCCAAAUGUGUUAGAGUUGGAAAGCGGGAGAUGCCUACUGACUUUCAAUCAAUUUAUUAAGGUAAUAUCUAUUUUGAAUUUAGCCAUAACAUGCACUAUAGAUACAUCAGAAGAGACUUUAGCAGACGAUCAAAGCGAGGAUGCCGAUAAUGAUAAUAAGGUAUCAAAGACUUCUACCAGAGUAGAGGUGCAUGGCUUAAAUAAACAUACCCUAGCAUAUUUCGACAAACUGUUACAUGAGUGCUUGCUUAAACUUCCUGAUUACUGCAAAAUUGAGCAUUUCCAAUCUUCUGAAAAAAUUCCCCCAAUGGUUACGUUGUUGCAUUUAAGUUUCAAUUUGACCUGGUGUAUUUUGGCCAUUAGGUUAAGUGCAUUAAAGACCACUGCAAGAGGCGAUACUAUUAAAGACAAAAUCAUAAGGUUCCGUGAUCAAAAAUACACGAGAUCAGCUAAAUCAAUACGAGAAUUGGUUAACGUUAACACAAUUAAAAACUUGAAGUAUUAUCCCUUCAUAGAUCAUUUUAUUUUGAUGGGAUUCAACUUCUCUAAAAUGAUGGCAUUCGAUGCCGAAAAUAAUGGGAAUAACGAAGUAUUGAAAAAUAAUCAUAUCGAACAAUUUCGUAGUUUAUUAGUGAAUGCUGCUUUAACCUCCACUCCAUGCAAAAUAUCGUGGGAUUUGUAUAAAAUCAUGAAUGGUAUUUCUGAUGACUUACUACCUUCGAUGUCUCGAGAUUCGAACGCGGUUGAUAUGAGAAGGAAGAGUCAUUCUACGGGUCGUACUCCAAAAAUACAGGGUGAAUCAUUUGGAAUGCCUGCUAGAGCACAAUCUCCAUAUUCAGCAAUUUUUAACCAAGUUGAAAGUUCCAGCUUUUCACCAUUGUCAACAACAAAUACACAAGGAUUGCCGGGGUCCAUAAAUACUCCGACCACUAUGACUUCAUCAGAUAGUAAAGAUUUAUCUAUUAUUGAUACCUCAGAUACUAAAGAUGCCAAUUUGAACACAAUACACGAAGGUUCAAGUAUGACCGAUGACCAUUUAUUAUUAGAAAAGUCUGCCAUGCCUUUUAACACAUCACAAUUACAAAGUAAUGCAUAUCUUGGUAACUCAAAUCCUUUCAGCCCAUUAGGUGGUGGUAAUGUCAAGACUGAAACCCAAAGUCAACCAAAGUUUGCUUCUAAUGUAAUACAAGCACCUAGGGAUGAAUUGGACUUAUUUAUGUUGGAUACUGACUUCUCAAGGAAUGAUGCGAGAUUAGAUAAAUUUAUGAGAAACUUAGGAUAUAUCAAUAAUAAGAACAAUGGUGAUAAUCAUUAUGAUAAUUUUGAAGACUUCAAGAGAUUAGCAGGAAAUUCUAAUGAGAAGAAGUUCACUCAAGCAGCGGGACUGUCUAUGACUUAUACGGGUAACGCUUCAAAUAAAAAUGGUCAAGAUGCUGAAUUACAAGACUAUUUAUAG